UUUGAAAGAAAUACUGCAAUCAGCCACCAAAGAAUCUGUUUUCAAUCGGGCAGAAAUGACCAACACCAGCGAGAAUUGCAGUUUUACGGCCGUGGACAGCUUGGCAUGGACGGUGCAGCUGGGGAUCUCCAUCCCCACCUUCAUCCUCGGGCUGGUUCUCAACAGCCUGGCCCUGUCUGUGUUCUGCUGCUUUUGGAGGAAGCAGACCAAGACCUCUGUGUACAUGAUCAAUCUGGCUCUGGCAGACGUCCUGCUGCUCCUCUCGCUGCCACCAAAGCUGUACUACUCUGUCACCACGGUGCCUGGCCUGCUCUGCUCCUUCAUACAGGCUCCUUACUUCGUCAACACCUACACCAGCAUCUUCAUCAUUGUCUGCAUCACCGUGGACAGGUACAUCUGCAUCAGGCACCCCUUUGAAGGCCGAGCUAACCAAUCCCCCAGGUGGGCUCUCUUGAUUUGCUGCUUCAUCUGGGCAGUGGCUUGGAUCUGCAGCAGCCCAAUUUACGUGUUUCACAAGAAGGAACCCAUUAAAUGCUUUCACAACAUGUCAGCCCAGACGUGGAGCGUUCCCUUCAUUGUUUCUGUGGAAAUAUUUGGGUUUCUGAUCCCACUCGCAGUGAUGGUUUUCUGCUCUGCUCAAACCAUCUGGAUUCUUCUGAAUCACAAAACUCACGACAAAAAGAGUGUGGAAGAAAGCGGCUCCCUGCGGGUGAUCGUGAUCAACCUCGUGGUGUUCCUGGUGUGCUUCACACCCGUCCACCUCGGGAUCUGCCUGCAGUGCCUGGUGAAGCAGCAGGUGAUCGUGGGCUGCACAAUGAGGCAGACCAUCAGCCUGUUCCUCCAGGUGUCCAUGACGUUUGCCAACCUGAACUGCUGCCUCGAUGCCAUCUUCUACUAUUUUGCUGCAAAGGAAUUCUGUAAGAAAGCACAGCUGAAAAGGGUCAUUGAGCUGUGUCCUGUCUUUAACCCCUGUGCCAUGCGCUGGCACUGCCGGCACUGGGAGAGCUCCCCUUGCCAGGACACCGAUGGUGCCACGCCUGGCACGGCCACAGGGAGAAGGACAAUGUGUUCCCAGUGA